AUGGCGGCGACUGUUACUGCAGGAAGAGCUGUGAUGAACCAACAGCAACAUGCUCAAAUCCAGAUUGUCCCAUUUCCAGAUUCCACCUUGCUUGCCUCUGCUUACAAAGUGUAUCUAAGACAUGGCUAUGUCCACAUUGCAGGAAGCUACCAAAGUUUGGCCGUGGUAAGAAAGGGGUGAAAAAGAAUGGGGUCAAAAAGAAUGAUGUAAGUGCAAGUUUCUUCGAGGAAGCUUCUUCUAUGGAAACUAUCUGCUUGUGCAAGAAAAAAGUUAAUUCUGGGGACAAAAGUUACUGAAAUGUCAUAAUAACAGUUGCUGAAGUGGGAAGUUCUUUCAUUUACACUGCAUGUCGUAUAUAAGCGAUACCCAAACAACCAUAAAUCUUCGUGGACAUGUAAUCAAUGCAAAUUGGACAAUACUUGUGCAACAAAGUCUACCAAACCUCAACUAUUUUCAUCUCCUGAGAGUUCUGUUGACAUUGGACCUGUAAUUGUCUACCUUGGUACUAAUGAAGCUGAGCAAGUUGAUAAAUAUAGUAUACUUGCAACACUCACUAAUCAUGACUUUGAUGUUAUAGAAUCACCUACUGGGUGGUUAGAAACUACUGUAAUACAACAAGCUCAUGUCUAUGAUGUUAUCCUUGAUGAUCUUCAACAACAUGUAGAAAAUCUAGUUGGAGAGGAUUUAAGAAAUUAAUGUUGUACCAAUACAGCAGCAGUGAAAUGGCUCCGAUUGUGGUGUAUUUGCAAUCGCUUUUCCAGCAAAUCUUGUUUACACAUUCGAUCUAAAUAUACCACAAUUUAAUAUAUUACAGAUGCAAGCUCACUUGCAUGCUUGCCUGAAAGCUGGUCUCAUUACUCCUUUUCCAAUGACUGAGAGCACAUAAAUAAAAAGCUGACACUAACAUCCAGUUUGCAUGUUUAUUGAACUUACUGUUAAAAUUAUUAUAUAAUAAUUAAUCUCCCCUGCAAUAAUUACAGUCCCAACAGACAUGGUUUUCACAUAGUUGAAAUUAUAUCCGUUCUCAUGAAAUCUCCUCUAAAUCAUGAAGCGGGGCUUUGGCUCCCACAAGUGAGGGGCUUAUAAUGAUAAAAUGGAUGUUUAUUUCACAUAUGACGAGCCCCAUGAGAAUUGAAUAAAUAAAAAAUAAAUUGCAUGAAAUAUUAUUGCUGAGAUUAGCCAGCAUGUUGUGAAACAAACAGGGGUAGUUUUUUUACUUUUCAGACACAAAGGAAUCUGUUUUUGACAAAAUGCAAUUAAUUAAAGUACAGUAGCCCAGCCUACUAAUCCAUCCCUGAUUUACACAACAUGCUGUUGCCCAGUGGUCACCACGCAGAGGUUCUCAGACUUGACCACCAAAAAUUUAUACGGUUUAUCAAAGUAAUACUUUUCAAAUGUUAAAAGAAUGUUUUUUAAAUCUGUUUCUUGGUGAAAACAUAAUGUUGUAAAAUACUUUUACUUCAAUCAAAAGGUACAGUAGGAGGGCAAAGGUUUACUUGUGCAGAUAAAACUCGAAUCAUUCUGUCAAUGAGAGGAACAUAUUCUCCUUUUCUGCAAAUAAGGUAAUCAGUUGGCAAAGUUUGUUGAAGAAUGCUAUAUAUCUGUCUUUGUAUUGUAUUUGUAUUUCAAAAUCUUUACAGAGGAUAAACAUUUCAGUAAUCUACUGUUAUCAAUAUGUGUCCUCUAACUAAAUAGUCCAUACUAAAUAAUCUAUAUUAAUAAUAUAUACUAUAAUUUAAUCAUUGGUAAUAAUUUUCUAGCAGUUUCCGAAAUAUUUUGCUGUCCUUUUCAGCUCGAAUUUCGCAAGGCAAGUCAUUAUAAAUUCUUGCCGCUGCAAAGCGAAAAGCAUGUCUACCAAAUUCAAGCUUUACUUUUGGUAGCUUUAUCAUAUUAUUUCUGUUUCUCAUAUUAUGACUAUGGUUAUUAAUUUCAAAAUAAUUAUAGAAGUUACUGCAAAUAUCUUUUUCCAAGCAUUUUCGUAAAACAUCGCAUGCUUUCUUUCUUAUCAAUUUAUCCAAAUCAGGCAAGUAUAUUUCUUCACCAGUAAUUGCUCGUGCUCGGUUUUCAAUGGAUGUAAGCUUUCGUCGCUUCGUCUCAGAAAUAAUUUGACCAUCCCACUAUACGUAAUUAUUGGUACAAUCAUCAUUUGAUAUAUCUUCGUCGCCACACUUGGUGUCACAUAGUUACGGAUCCUUGAUAACAGUCGUACUCGGUUACUAGCUUUUUUAUAGGCUGCCCCAAAGUUUUCAAAGUGUCAGACCAGGAUCAAGUACGUAACCAAGAUAUUUGUAGGACUGUGUUGUAUUUAUAGGUUGCCCUCUAUAUUCAACUCUCAAUUGACGAGGUUGUGCAGAUAAUCUUUUUCCAGUACCAAAAACCAUCAUUUCAGUUUUCCCUUUCUUUAGAUUUAUUAACAAUUAAUUUGUAUCAAAAUACUCUGCAAUUACAUCCAUAUCGCUUGACAGUGAGACCAAUAAUUCUUUCAACAUUUAUCCGGACAGUGGGAAUAUUUCUUAUCUGUUCCACAUGAGCAUGAUCAAGUUGGUCUUUUCCUUUCAUGAAUGCUGGAAUGUUCAAUUUGCCUUGGCGAAAUUUAACACUUCCAUGGACAGUGAAACCCCUAUCCACCAAGACCAAACCACCUGGUAUUAAAGUUGUCCAAAAAACAAAACUUCUUUGUCAGAAACUUAACUGAAGUCCUCCCUCCCCAAACCUCACUGACAAAGCAAAUUGUACCUUGUGAUGUAAUUCUAAUUAACACUUUAACUGUGUUAUGAUGCUUGUAACUUGAAAAAGUCUGUGCUCUUGCAAGAAGAUUAGUUGGUCUAUCAAUAAAAAUUUCAAAGCAAUCAAUGAUUACUGUAGUUUUAUGUCCAAAUGAGUCUAAGAAACAUCUAGGCAUGGUUGCGUGCAAUUCAUCACAACCUGGCCAUUUAACAAGAGGACACAAGCGACUAUCCACAACAGUCAGCCAUGUAAACAAAAUUUGAGAAACCACUGAUGAAAUUUUUAAACGAUAUGCCAGGUCAAGAUGAGGUACAGCAAGUCUCAAUUUUACCAAAACCACGACAAAUUCUUGAAACGUGGAUAAUACCUUAGGACGUCUGUCAACUUGAGGUUUGACAAAAGAGAAGACUUUGGUAGACCAGUGUAAAAUUUUACUUUUUGAUCGUUGCCAGCGAAAAAAGCUUCAUCAAAGUCAGCAGAAUAUGGUUUACUCUGAAAGUAAGACUCAGGGUCAAGCACAGAAUUAUGAGACUCACUUGUCUGAAUGCAAACUGUUGUGCUUGAAACUUCUGUUUGUGUUAUGGCGUUUCUCAAGUUUUCUGGCACAUUUUCUGCAAUGUCUUCGAUAUCAUCCUUUCAGUGUCCAUAGUCAUAGGGUCAACUGAAAUUUAACAACCACACCAGGUUCAUUUACUCUUUGUAAUUUCUCUUCGACUAUUUCUUCUGCAUUGUCAUGCAUGUGUUUCCUUUGUUCAGCGACUCUCUUAGCUUUAUCCUGACUUCGUUGCAGAGAUGCUUCGUUUAUGUUUGAUUUUUGGUGUCCCAUGUUAAGAGAAGGCACCCAGUCAACAUUAAACUUACCCCACAAAGGAGCUGCCUUUCCAGAAUGGAAAUGUUCACCACAUACCCGAUCAUUUUCCAUUUUUUUGUCUGUUAUAUCUUGUCGACUUAUGGCCGACAGACAGAUUAAGUUAGCAAGCAGUCUGGGUUUUAUGCAAAGCAUCAUGUUAAAGAGGAAAGCACAUCUUGGAAAGAGCUGCCUGGAUGGUUCAGAUGGCUCCAUUUACAGGCAGACACUGGAAGUGCUUGCAGUAUCCGUUGCCUCACUACAGUGUCAUUCCCAAGCAUUCAAUAUAUAGCAAGUAUUAAUCUCUAUGCAUUUACAAAUGAGUCCCGGAAAGAACACAAUUUUGCAAACCACAAUCAAUGUGAGCAAUACCCGCCACCCUACAAUCCAUAAUAUUGUCGAGCAAAAGGUUGUGAAGAGGAGAUAAUAAAGAAGUCCUGCGAGUGCUCUCACUCUUAUCACACAAAUGCAUACAAAGCAUACCAAGCAACCCAUAGAUCGUCACUUCUGUCCACAUCUGUUUUAGAAGAAUAUAAAGACAUUAAAAGAAAAGCUUUUUUAACCCAUACAAACACCUCUCAACAAAGAAGAUGCUGCUGCAUUGUUAUUCAAAGAAGGCAAGAGUAAUGAAUAUAAUAACAAGAGCUCUUCCCACACAGAAUGCAAGAGAUGUUUACAUGGCAAAGUGUGGCUACGCACCAUGUAUUGUGGAUCAACUGGAUGCAUCAUCAUUUGAUGAAACAGAUGCAGUCAAACAAUAUUACCCAAGUUUUUAGCAACUGAUGGAUGAGCUACAUGAGAGCAUUCACAGCAACAGUGAACUGGACCAGCACAAUGUUGUGAACAAUGAUUUUGUUCUUUUGGCAGGGGACAUUGCUGCAGUAAAUCUGGGUACAGAAAAUGGCAUUCCUAGUGGAGACAAAUGGUGGUUACUGCAGGUUAACAAGGCUGUUCCAUCAAGCAAAACCUUUAGUGGGUGCCAUCCAUGUAUCAGGAUUUUGGCUGGAACUGUUCCCAUAAUCAGAACAAGCCUGAUCAAGGAUGUGUUUUGCACCAACAGAGAGGUGUUGCAAAAACGUAUUAUGGGAAGCUUGAUCAAGACAACUGACAAGCCUGCUGUUAUAUCUGUUGAGGAGGUUAAUGUGUGGGAUGGCAGGAUGGGGCGGUAGUGUACAAGUUGACACAAAAGUUCAUUCAUAACCUUGACAAAUUGUUUGAUGAGUUCAGAGAUUUGACAACAUGAUAGUGAGGACAACGGUGACAGUGAUGAUGAGGAAAUGUCCGUCACUCAGUAACUUUCCCCAUCAAGUUCAGGAAGAAGUUAUAUGCAGUUUGUAAUUUUUCGCUUUGCUUUUUACCUAGGCCAUCCCAAACAGGGGCACAAUAGGAAAAAUAGGGCUCCACCAAACUUUGGUGAACUCGAAUUGCAGUUUCUGUGGUAACAAAAUCUCUCAUUCGUUUGAGAGUGCUGAUACCAAAAGAGACUUUUUUCGUGAUAUUAUCAACAUGAUAUUUCCAAGUCAAGUUUUCAUCAAUUCUUAAACCUAAUGACUUACACUUCAGCACUCUAUUAAUCUGUUUAUUUUUAACACAUACGUCCACAUCCUGAUUAUAAUAAAUUCAGUCUUGGCAAUAUUUAAACUUAACUUAUUUGCCUCUAGCCAUGUGUUUAAAUUGGCUAUUUCAGCAUUCAUAAGAUUUUCUAGCUCAGAAAGAUUACUACUUUGCAUGCUGAUGUUUGUACCACUAGCAUACAUUCUAGGUAAACCCUUGUUCAAGCAGUUAGGCAAGUCAUUGAUAUAGAUCAAAAACAAAAGUGGGCCUAUAAUAGAGCCCUGCAGAACUCCAUAGGAGAUAGAACAACUACCAGAGAAAUUUCCAUUUAUGUAGCAUUUCUGUUUUCGAUUGUUUAAAUAGGAAUUAAACCAUGAUAGCAGAUUGUCAUCCACACCAUAACACUUGAGUUUACGUAUAAGAAUUUCGUGAUCAAUUGUAUCGAAAGCUUUCUUUAUGUCAAAGAAAAUCACUCUAUUAAGCAAACCCUUAUCAAUAUUUAUGUACUAGUUAUUAGUCGACUCUAAUAAAGCUGUAAGGUACUAUAUGAUGCUCGAAACCCAGACUAAUAGUUUGACAGUAAGUUGUUACUUGUCAGAUAGGAGUACAGUUAGGAGUAAAAUUGAUCAUAAACGGUUUUACCAAAAACUGUGGCAACCGCCGAUAUAAUUGAAAUUGGACGAUAAUGACUUAGAUCACAUUUUUCGCCAUUUUUGAAUAUAGGUAAGACUUUUGCCAUUUUCCAAUCAGUCGGAUAAACCCCUUGGAAAGUGAUCUAUUAAAAAUUUUAGUUAACAAGUGUGAAAGAAUAUCCGCUGCUAUUUUCAAUAAUCUACCUGGUAUUUUACCAGGGCCGGUCACUUUGUUAGCAUUAAUCGUUUUUAACAAACAAUUUACAGUGCACAAACCAAUUUCCUCGAAAGAAAACACAGUAUGUGUGGAUUGAAUAUAAGAAACAGGAUUAACAUUAGAGCUAGGUAUUUUGUUCGCAAGUUUCUCUCCUAUUGAGGUAAAAUAUGAAUUAAAGCCAUCCGAAAUUUCAGCCUCAUUAGUGACUUCAUUACCAUCAAGAUUGACUUUCUUGACACUGGUUACAUCACUCACUUUACGAGAGUUCAGAUCGUUGACUAGUCUCCAAGUUUUCCUUGGAUCUUUUCGUGCAGCCUCAAUAUUAGUGAUAAAAUAGUUAUGUUUAGCAUAUCCAACAAUAUAACUAUAGAUAACUGUUUAUUAUCCAUAGCUUCCAACAGCAUGUCUGUCACUGCAAUGUUAAGUGUUUCGGUAGAAUGGUUUUUCCAGUUACCACUUUGAUGCUCCAUCAAUAAUCUGUGGUUUGUUAGAUGUUCUGUAUACUGAUUCAGUGCGACUUUGUCGCAUAUUUUUUACAAACAUGACAGCAGUGAAAUCGGUCGAUUAUUUGAAGCGAUUUCAGGAUCCCCUUCCUUGUGUAGCAGUACCACUUCUGCUAUCUUCCACAUUGAAGGAUAUGUUGAUGUCAUCAAGGAACAGUUGAUAAUAUCCGUAACAGGAUCUAAAAUCACUUCAAGAGAAUUUUAAUGAAUUGAAUAUUUAUCUUAUCGGCACCUGUAGCUUUGUUUGAUGGACUAUUUAAAAUAAUUGUUCUAAAUUCAAACAGAUCAAGAGAAGAUCUGUGUCUUGCAGGUGGUAAAGCAGUUGCUAUCUGAAUGUUGUUAACUUCCGAAAGUCUCUUGUCCUUCUCGGGUGCAAUCUUCCACACAGAAGCAAAAUAUUCGUUAAAUUCAUUGGCUAAUUUUUUGUGGUCUUUCUGGUAAACAGGUUUUUCUGAAUCUUUGCUCGGCAGACACCCCCUAAUCACUUCCCACAUAGAUCUUGAAUUACCUUUAUAUUCCUCAAUUUGAUUCCGGACAAAGUUGGACUCUGCUGCUCCUAAAGAUGUUUUUAUAGAAUUCCUAAGUUGCCUAUAGACAUCCCAAUCUUCCGUGUUACUUGAGAGGCGAAAAAUUCUCAGCUUUUUGUCUCUCAGUUUCAUUGUGCACUUUAAUUCUUUAUUCAAACACUCACUAAUAAUUCAUAAGCUUAUUGGCAAAUCAUGUUAACCAUAAUAUGUCAUGUGCAGUGGCUUUAAACCUGAUAAAACACUCCUAAUUAGUAUUCUUUAUAUAAAGAAUACUAAUAAGGCAGUAUCUAUUGUAGUCGUGUCCUCAGUAUUUUUUAUAUAAAGAAUACUAAUAAGGCAGUAAAUCUAUUGAAUUUGUAGUCGUGUUUGAAACCGUUCAAUAAACUUGCAGGUCAUGUUUUAUUAGGUCUAAAGCCACUCGCGCUGCACGCUCAUGGCUUUAAACCUAAUAAAACACUCCUGCUCGUUUAUUAAACAGUACUUAAUAAAUUGGUUAAGUCUGCCUUUAAUUCUGAUGUGUUUGAUAGGUGCGUGUUUGUCCAGAGUAUUUAUGAACAAUUGAUUGAAAUGAUCAAUUUUCUCAUUUACAUCAUUAAUACGAUAGGUUUCAUAAAAAGUUGAGACCGUUCUGCCUUGAAACUCUCAGAGUUGUAGUUCUUAAAACUCCUCACAUCCUUGUAUUCAAGUCGAGGCUUAUCAGCUCUUAGUUUAAGUGUACAAUAUAUCAUAGAAUGGUCGCUAAUAUGCCGCCACCCUUUUUGUGCUUACGAUCAAGUCUGUAUAUGUUGUUUUCCUGAAUUUUUACCUCGGCAUUAGUCGUGGACGAAUUUAGCCAUGUCUCUGAUAAUGCCAAGAUAUCUAGUUUCUUGUCAACAACUAGUUCUCGUACAUGAAUUAAAUGAUUUCUGUUUCUAAUUGACUGCACGUUGAGAUGAGAUAACUUUAUUUUGUUAAAUGAAUGUUUUUGGUUAUUCAUUAUGAUGUUUGAGUUGACUGCAUGUGAAAUGUUUACAGAUAUUUUAUUUUGAGGAUUAUGCCUCACUCGCCUAAUCCUCUGCCAUCGCGGAGACAUUCUGAUGGGAAUAUGAGCCAUUAUACAUAUGUUGAAAGGAUUUCCUCUGGGGGCUGUUGUUUCUACGAUCAGUAGAUGUUGGUUUCCACGGUUUGCAUUUCACAAAGCCAAAAUGUUUCGUUUUCAAUCAAAGAGCAUAAAUUUGCUUGGACAUGAAGUUUAGCAGAAAUUUAACCUUUCCGUUUACUUUUAAAUAGAGAUAAGUAUGUUGGUAUUACCUUUUGCUUUUCCAAAUAACAUAGAAUAUCCUGAUCAUUAACAUUCUCAGCAAUCCCGGACAAGAGGAACUUUUUAAUUCUAUUAUGCUUUCGUUUAAUCCCAAUAAACCCAUCACUAUCAUCAAUUUGUUCAUUCAUUUUCCGAGCUGUCACAGGGACUUGCAUAAUAUUUUCUGUAUUAUUAUCCGUACUGGGUUUGCCAUUAAUCCUGUUAACAGGGGGAGGAGAUUUUGCCACUUGAGCAUAGGUUCUUCAAGAUCUGGAUUGUUCAUCAAUACUUCAGUCUCUAUGUCUACUUUGCCCAACAUCAGUUGAGAUAGACUCUCAUGCCGGAGGAGAAUCAGGAGCAAUACUUAUACUUCGAUAUGUAUUCGACUGAUUACUGUCAUUUUGAUUUAUGUUUUCAUGCAUUUGUAAACCAAAUGUGACAAUAACUCGACCACCAAUGCAGUUCGCUGGUUGGCUACAACAUUUUAUUACUUUGAAAAAAAUAACAUCAGAUUCGGUGAUUGUUAAGGGUGUUAAUGAAGUUUAAUAUGUUGAAAUAACUGGCAUCCAAACCGCAGUUUGAAAAAAAGCACAAAAAAACGCCCAGAAAACAACAACACACAGCAGACAGAUCUUUAUGGCAUAGAGGGUCUAGAGGCUCUCACUAACCUAUGUUUUACCUAGAGGAACAGGCAGACCUCUAGAUUGCAGAGGGAGUGAUGCGGCUCUGUGCAUGUUGUUCAGCGACAUAUGAGUCCUGAUGGUCUGGGGACCACCAUUGGUAUACUGAGACAGUAUGGGUACUCGAUACCUGACAGAGCAUGCAAAAACUGUAGGUUUUUCAGAGGAACAGGUGAACCUCUAGAUAACAGGGGAACAGGCAAACCCCCAUUCAGGUCAGUCAGCUCGUUGAUGUUGAGUACUAGUUGAACUGGUGAAAAACGUAUGGUAACUCAAGUGAAAUGACUUACCCAUUGAGUCUGUAGGUCAGGUCAUUAGGUCGCACUGCAACCUGAAAAAAUACACUACACGUGGCGAAGUGUUGUCCAAAAGGACAGCACUUCCCCGCCAUUAAUGACAAUCUGUACAAAGUACAGAUUGUUAUUUGAACCACGGGAAGCCGAGCCGAAUUAAGCAUUAGGCAUAUUUAUUAAUAUGCGCAGAAGCAGAGGAGCGUUCGCCUAGGAGCAGUAAAUGAUGGAGGAGCAACUGGAUAAAAAGAGGGAGGGUCUGAAAUGGGGGGCAGGGUAGUAAGCUAACUGACUGUGUAAAACAAGUUUGAGUUUCUGAUUCCAUCAGUUUGUUAGCACACUACCUGUUGUGGUGUUUCAGCUGGUCGAGUGCUACUGACUCUCUUGCGGAAAAACUGGCCGAGUUCUCAAUGUGUUCUGGCACAUUUGUGUUGUGUUUAAUUAAAUAGUAUAUAGGUCAAAAUAUAAAAAAAGUAAAGAAAAGAAACCGGAAACAACCCUCUUAUAUAAUGGCGGUUUGUGACCAAUUUCAAUGGUAGCUGUCAAUCCUUUAGUACUCCACGCGCACAAAUAAAAUAACCUGUCUACGGACGAGGAUGAAGAGGUCAAAAAGCCUGAGGUGCACUGGAGAAUGCUGUUCACUGGAUGCAGACACUUAUGCUAAGGCUGGAUAAUCAGGGAGUCCAGGAAAAAACCUGCAGUGCAGGAAAACGUGGGAAGGACCAAGACUACCAGCAGCUCCCCACAUAGCUCUAUCUUUACAAGUGUAAGAAGAAUCAGCAUCAUGGUAAACAACACCAUACCUAAGACAGAAAAAUAUAAAGAGUUGGAGCGAAGGUUGUAUUAGUAGUAGUGUUUAUACCCUUUUACUCUGUAGGUUUUCAAAUAGGCUUGCAUUUUGAACUAGCUGUUGUUUAUAGUCUAGACAGAGGCUUUUUCUUGAGCCAGUAUAACAUGCUUAUAACCAUUUUAUUAAGUAUCCAAGUUAGGUUAUAUUUUGAAUUCGCCACUGGAUUGUACAAAGCUUCUGAGUGUUAUAUAUAAACUAGUUAAAUCUCAGUAUAAACUUCGUCCUCGCAGUUCAUGCAGGAACAUUUACAAUACAUAUAGACAGUUCAUUAGGUAGAAUGUUUUAGAUAGCAAGAGUGAACAUCACCAGAACACAUUCAAGUUUGUUGUUCGCCUUAAAAACAGAAUGAAAGACACAAGAGAAAAACGAGUGCUCUACAGUGAGAAUUUUGUGGAACUAGGUGGUUAAUUUAUAGGUGAAAAGAUAACUGAAUAUGACAUACAGGUAUACACCAUGUGUACAAUAUGUGUAUUGUACCGGAACGUGUAGUAUAUUGCGUAAAGUAAACUAUUAUGCAAACUCGUUAUGACACUCAAUAAGUGUGGGAUUUUCCCAGGCAAGAGAUUAAUGGAAACUUUAAUUUUAUUAUGUAGCUUGUGAUGUGUUGCAGAUGCAGUUUUUCGAGUUAUCCUAAGUAAAUUCUGCUAGCCAUAAUGUGUACGCUUGGAUUAAUUAACAAAAGAUAAAAUAAAGCCAUGUGCAAGCCACUGUAUGCAGGGGCAGAUCCAGGGGGUAUCGAGUGUAGCUCAAGAUACGGUCAGAUUUUUCCGAUUAUGCAUACUAAAAUAGUUUUGGGGAAAAUUUCAAUAUUAAUAUAUUUUCACGCAAUUCAUUUCUGUUUACAAAAAUAGUGAAAAUUUGAGUUUACUAAGAUGAACGAAGGCAAAUUCUUUCGUAAAUUUUAAAAUUCACAGCUCUAAAUGUAACAUUAGACGUGUUUUUAAAGCAUUGAAUUACUUUCGACGAAGAUGAGCCGAGAGCUUUCCGAAGGCAUAACCCGAGGUUACGUAACCCGAUCGGAAAAAUGUUUUUAAAUGCGUCUGCGGUGUUCUGAUACGGUCUGCAGUUCAAAUGUUACUAAAAAUAGUAACUUAAUGAGGUAUUUGGAUACCUUGGAGGGUAUCCAGCCAAUCACAGGACGUGUAUCUAUGACGUCGGAUACCCUCUGAUACUAUGGCUGUAUUUUGAUUGCGCAAGAAAUAAAAUAAUCGUGAACCGCUCGGAAACUUCGUCUCAUAUUGCUAACAGCCGCAUUUCUUCUAACGUAACUGAGCACAAACUGAGUGAGUGAUGGCCUUACAUAAUUUCAGAAGACGUCCUUGAAAUAACACUUUAUAAAUAGUGUAUUGGAUGCCAAUUAGAACAAGACUAUUACGAAAAGGAUAUGUCCGAAGGGGCCGAAGUUAUGUUCGGCGAAAGGUAUGGCUAGUAAUACAUUGUUCGAGAAAAUUGAGUAAUAUAGUGAAAUAUAUGAUAUUGCUUGACCUCUCAAAGUUCAUAAAUCGCUAUAGGCCUAUUGACUAAAACUAUUGUUAGGAAUUAGGAGAUAUUCUUUCAAUGAACCGAACGGUAGUAUUUUGUUUUCAUAGCAUUAGCCUAACCGAAGAUAUUAAUCUGUAAAGUCAUAUUGCGGCAUUGCGCGUGCAAUAUGUUAUUAAUUUAAAUAGGGACCGGCCGAGAAUAUUAAAUGUACUCAGUCGCGAAAGCCGACUUUUCCAUGUCAAAACACCCCCGGCCACGUUUCAUGAAACAGAAACUUGAACACUGAUACCAAGAAGAGUUAUUGUGUGUUUUUUUGUUACUUUGUGUUUAAAAUAUGACCUUGUUAAGGCCAAAUUUUAGGCCAGAAUCAUGGGCUCAGAACGCAGGAAAUGGCAUUUCCGGGGUUCAAAUUUCAAAAAAUGUUCGGGGGGGCAUGCCCCCGGACCCCCCUAGAUAUGCGAGCCUAGGAAUAUGAUAAGGUCAGUAGUGUAGUGAUAAAAGUACUCGAUAAAAAAGUGGGGGUGUGGGAAUUUUUUUUUUUAUUAUAAAAUAGUAUUAUGAAAAAGUGUCGAGUUGUCAAAAUGAGGUGAAAAAGUGUGUUCCCGGACGGGGGGAGUUUUUACCUCCCCAUGACGUCCCGUAUAUAUGAUGCACAAUGAUGUGUGUUGCGUAACACACACCACGCGCGCGCGAGCCAAUUAUCAUCUUACCCCAAAGCCUUGCUUGACCGAAGUGAUUUGUAUUUGAAUUUGGCGCUUGUCUUAUGCCCUGGUGUCACGUGACAUUGACAUGUGUGUGACGUUAUUUCCGGUGUGACGUUAUUUCCGGUAUGCGCCCGUUUUUAGGGUGGUUUUCUCAUCUGCGGGCGCCGUGCGGGUGGAAACGGUUAAAUAUUAAUGGAAACUGUUAAUAAUUGAUUUUUUUCAUUUAUUAGGUAAAAAAAUAUUUAUUAAAUUUACAUUUUUUAAUUAUUAAUAGGGUAUCAUUUUACAAAUUUUGUAUUUCCUCAAGACUGGUUAGUAAGUUCUGUUCAAUGUAAUUAUAUGUUUUUAGUUUUUGUCUUUGUUUCUUUAUCUUCGCGAAAGCCUUUGUUUUUUGUUCAGCGAUAUAUUCUAAGGGUAAAUAGUGUUUAAUUGCAAAACACUUAAUGUCUUUGUCGUGUUUUGUUAGUAAUCUUGUCUUUUUUCGGAUUUGACCGCUUCCGGAGAAAAGCGCUACUUCACGAAAUGCAAGUGCGUCGUCGGAAUCACUGUCGACUGUUUUCGCAUCUCGUAUAAUGGCAACGUCUUUGGUUUGUCUUCCAGGACCGGAAGUUUCACGGGACGGUGCGGGUCUCUUUCGUUUUCGAGGUGGCGCUGUUGGUUUCUCUUUCACUUUGUUUUCAUGUUCUGCGUGAAUUGCUUUGAGCUGUUCGAUAUUUUUACCACGGCUUGGGGAUCGCUUGUAAUUUGGGGUAGGUAUUUUUUCUUGUUCUUCUUCGUCCGAGGUUUGUGGCGGUGAUUCAUUUAGUACUUCGAUAAUCGUUUCGACAUCUUGAAUGUUGUUUGUGGUUGUGAUUUCGUCUGACAUGCUUUCUUUCACGGGCGAAUUGUGUGGCGUAGCAGAUUCGGUUUUGAUGUGAUGCGCGUUGUAGGGUGGCGGUGGUGAUGUAUGUUUUUCAUUUUGAAGGUUGAAGGUUUGGAAUAGCUGUGUGUCUUCGCUUUUAACGCAUAAACUUGUUAAAUCAUCAGGCAGUUCGGUUUUGACGGCUUUGAGACGUGGGUCAGAGGGUUUAUUUUGGCUUGUGAAAAGGUUAGCGUUUGCGAUUUUUUCCUGUUCUUGUGCGUAUUGAUCGUAGAGUUGUUUCCAGAAGAUAAAUUUUUCUGCAGAACUACCGCAAGGAAUUGGUGGUUGAUAGGUGUUGUAAUUCACGUAUAAAUUUGUGAGAAUUUGAGAAUUUCCCUCACAUAAUGUACAUUGCAUGUAAUUUACAAAUUGUAAGAACUCUGGCGAUGCUGUUGUGGUCAUCUUGACGGUGGUAGCGUAAAUAAUGUCUAGCGUGUUGUAAAUCUUUAAUAUAUUAUGAUAUUUUCGACAGCUGGCGACGUAAUAUUCCAUAUAGGGGAAUGGAAUGUUUAAGAUGUAUUUUAUGUUUUUACAGCGUUAUUAUCCAAAUUUGGGCACUAGAAUUGUUCAAGGUCAAUGUUUGCACGGGGUAUUUUUUUUUGCUAUUGCAAGGUUAAUAGCUAAAUUUGGUAAUGGAAUGUUUGUUAUUUUCUAGAUGAAUCGUGUUUGGCAACGGGUGGUGGUUGCCGUGGUUUUACUUCUUUUUUGUUACGUCUUGUUUGGUCCAAAAAAAGCUUUGAAAUUGUUGUUGUGGUUUGAAAAAAAUAAUUUUCAAGAAUUGUAUUAUUGCGAAAAUGAAUACGAAGAGUACUGAUGAAGAGGUUAGUCUAUGGCCGACGCUGGAAAUUAAUGUUGAAUUGGGAAAGCAUUUUACUGAUUCGUGAGUAUUUUUUUUUUUUGUAGUGGAUACGUCUUGUUUGGGAUGAUAAGGUGUAUAAGAUGUUUGCAAAUUUACAUGAAAAAAUAACAGAGCAGCGAACUCAAACAAGGGAAAUACGUCUACCCAUGUAUGGAGAAGAGUACAGGUCAUGGUGUGUGAACAUUUUAACUGAAGAGAUUCUAUAUUCCGGUAUCAAGGGUUAUGUUUACAUGAACCCCAAAAUAUACGUUGGUGAAUAUAUUAGUAUAGGAAAGGUAGUGCUUGUCCACGAUGUGUUAGUUAAAUAUCUUGUUAGAAAUCGCUAUAACGAGGAUUUUGAAGGAUAUUUUAAAUGUAAUGGUUCUAGAAGGGAUAAAGAGGAUAUGGAUGUAAUAAUUCAUAAUAUUGGAUUUUUUGAUGAAAAUGAAUAUUCGGUUGAAAAUGUAAAUAAAGUAAUACAAAAUAUUGUAAAUGAUACGGGAUUAUUAGUAAAGGAUAGUGUGAUCCGUGAAUUGUGUAAACUGUAUAGAUUAAUAUAAAUUAAAUAUUUUCUAGAGUACCACCGCCUUGUUUUGAAGAAGAUGCAGAGAUUGUAAAUAAGAUGGUUUUAGCUUUUUUUAACCCCCAUAAUCAAAUGAUGGGGGUAUCUUCAAUCUUAUUUCGUAAACAGUAUAUGGUUUUGAUGUUUAAAGAGCGUAUAUAUCGGUUACGGUGUUAUGUGUAUAUUCUGGGAUGGACAUCUCGUCGUGAUAGUUUGAUAUUGGGGGCUAUUGAUCGUGGUGAUCGUGUCGUGUAUAGGGUGUUUAUUACAAGUACAAGUCUUGGAUAUGAAAUAAAGGUUGAAGGGGGUGCUCAGGGGUAUUCGUUGUCUGAAGGGGGUAAUGGUUAUUAUUAUCAUAUGUUAGCCACAUAUAUACAAGAGUAUUUAAAUAUUGAGUUAUGUGAGAUAAAUGAGGAUGUGGUGGUAUAUGAUGGGUAUAGGAAAAUAUUAUAUUCUUCAAAAAUAUUUGAGGGUUUUCAAAGGUUGUUUGAUCAUCGCGUAUGAGCAAAAAAAAAUGAGGAUAAAUUGUAAUUGUUGUCAAUGGAAAGCGAUUCAAAAUUGUCAUUUGUUAAAGCAUAAACCCUAUUUGAAUAUACAUAUAACCGAAAAAUUAAUAAAUCAUCGAUAUAUUGCUAUAAGUACAAAAUUGUAUGAUAUGUAUAUGAAUAUUCUUGAAGAUAAAAAGAAAAAUAUGGCAAGACCAUGUUUACUAAGUGAGACACGUUUGUUAUGUGGUGAUCGGUUGGUACCUUUGGAUCAAUAUUACAUUUAUUGUUAUAGUUAUGAAAUUGGAUUUUCUGAUCAACGUAUAAUAAAGGUCGCUAUAAUUGAUUUGCGGUAUUUUGCUUAUAUAACUGCAGAAAUAUAUGUCGGUAUUUAUCCUGUACAGUUUACUAAUGUUACUACGGGGAACUAUAUUGUGACCAGCGGUCAACGUACAGUUGUAUCAAUAAAAAGGUGUACUACAUGGUCACCAUUAUGGGACUCUUCAUUUAUAAAUCCGCAAGUGCGUGCAUGUUUGGAUGAAAUUGUACAAUACACCUUAUCUUAUAAUGCUUAUCACGAAGCGUAUAUACAGAGACGAAUAUCAAACAACCUUGGUGCACACGUUUCUCUAAGAUUAAUACAAUUGAUAUGUUAUGCGUUAAAGUUGCAACACGUUGUGAAACAUUAUUGUCAAAGUAAUUGUACUUGUGGUGGAUUCAACGAAGAGUGUACGCGUGCCCUAUACCCUACAGAUGUAGCGAAGUGUUUGUGGACGCGAAACAAUUAUAUGAUAAUGCGGUGCUUUUUAGAGCCCGCUGCCCUGGAGGAGAAGAAACUUUAUGAACUGUUACGAUAUAUGCGAUGGAUGCUAUACGGACAACCGAUUAUGAUCUAUGAUCGAUUUUAUAAUGGUGUGAACAAUUGGUUGUAUGAAACAUUUUGUUCAAGAGAUGACCCGAAUCGUAUAUUAAAGAUUAAUUUAACUUUUAAACAAUUAAAUAAGGAUAUUUAUACACAUAUAUUUGCUAAUCUUAUUAUAAAAUAUGGGUAUACACCUUGUACGUAUAGGGGUAUACACCCUGCUAAUGGGGUUUAUAAACGAACUGUAGGGUAUACUAUAUAUUAUGAACACUGUGAACAUAAAGAUGUGAAUUUUGAUGCGAUUAUAUAUGAAUCUAAAAUUCGUAGAUGUAUUUUGGAUAUGUAUAAUUGGGUAUAUGUACAUAAAGCUAUUGAUGUAGAGGGUAUAUUAGAUAUUUUUGAAAAUCAUUAUAGUUUAUUAGUUUCACCACAUUUAGUUCGUAAAAUAAUGUAUUGUUUUAGAAGGUUAAAACGUAUUAAGAACAAUAUGAUAACGCAAUGUCAAUGUAAUGAUUUAAAUGUAUGUUUAUGUGUUAGUUUGGAUGCUUUAGAAGUUUGGGAAUAAAUGUUUUUUAUUGUGUGUAUAUGCGUGUACAGAAAUGGAUGUGUAUUUUCAAUUGCCGCAUUGUGAAAUAAAUGAAAAUGUCUUAAAAAAUGUUCAACCGGAUGUUUUAAAAAAACGUAUUACACAUAUUAUAGAUUGUGAGGCGUAUACAUGGCAAAAGAAGCAUUUUUUACGUGAAGUUUCGGUAUUAUGUCGAAAUACAAAUAUUGUUACAACGUAUCAGAUUUACAUUCCAAACGUCAAGCUGUUUGAUGAAAAUGAUCGUGCAAUCCUUUACCAAAUAAGGGUAAUACAUGGUCUACCCAUUCAAAGACAUCGUCUUGAUGCUAAUUUUUAUCACUAUCAUGAAAUACAGGUUUUGUUGUGUAAAAUAUUUGAAAAGGCCGAUUUGGUAGCGUACAAGGGUGGAAAUAUUGAACGUGAUUUAUUAAAUAGAUUGAAGAUACCAUGUAUUAAUAUGGAAAUUUUAGGAUGUCCAAAAUAUGAGUGUUUAUUGACAAGGUACAAGGUGAAAUAUGAAUGUUGCCCCUAUCAUAUAACAGGUGAAUAUCAUUGUUCGCGACACGAAGUGAAAUUAUUCGGACAGUUUUUAGAGACACUAUGAAUUGUUACAACGUACCACUAAAUCUUAGUGCAUUAGGCCUUUUACUUGAAAAUUAUCCUUAUGAUCCCGUGUUAUGGUCUUUGUAUGCAACAUGUCGUUACUUGUACGGCAAAAAGCUUGAAGAAGUGAAAAAGGGUCUCGGCGUGAAGGAAAUUCAUAUUAAACGGUAUUCUAGCGCCGAGACAUCGACGUUAGUAGAGGAUCCUGAAACCGGUAAACUGUCUGUUAAAAAAGAAACACUCGUGUGGUUAAAAGGUACUUUAGGCGGUGUUCACGAUUUGAUUCUAGUUGAUCCAAAAAAAAUAAACUAUGCAAUAGUUGUGCUUGAAAAUCACAAACGUGACAGCUCGAUUGACUAUGAUGAAUAUGCGGAUGAUGAUGAUGCUCGUGAUGGUCGUCCUCAAAAAUUAUUUUAUAUUAUUCCCGCAGAAUGGUUGCCAUACGUAUACGUAUGCGUGGUAAACAACGUAUGGUCUAUGUAUUUGGCGAAAUCAAAGUUUUGUUGUCGACAGAUUUUGCAACGCGGUAAUGUUAUGGUUGUACGUCGCGAUUUUGUCAGUAUUAAACAAGAGUAUGUAGUUUCGCAAGACUACUUUCAUGUCGGUGUCGGCGAGUGUAAUAAACAAAUUCAUGAUGUACUUUGUGAUGUGGGUAUAUUUGUGAAUGCAAAACAGUUAUACGAAGCUGUAGUACGACAGGCAGAGCCCUAUGGUAAAGAAAGAGAGGUGAUUUAUGCAUUGGGUGUCCAUGAGGCUAUAUUCCCGUUUGGUGAUGAAAAACUGAAAGGAAAAACUUUUAAAUUAAUUAUGCGACAUCUCUUAGUGUGUCGUCGCUGUAAUGUGUUUGUAGAUGUAUUAGUAGAAAUGCUUUGUACAUGUUUAGUUAAAAAUGAUAGUUUAAAUUCAAUUAUGAAUCCCUCUUGUGCUGGUGAUAAACUUUUAGGAGAUUCUGUACCCUGUUUUACAUAUAUUAUGGACGGUGAUUUUGAAAUUAUGCGUCGGAAUGCUUAUAGGGCACCCCUAAAAAUAGGGGAUGUAUGUGAUAGUAUUUGUGUAGAAAUUAUUGAUCCAUUUUUUGAAAAAUAUCGACAAUGACUAUAUAUGGUAAUGGUAUGUAGUACAACCAUGUAAAUAAAAGUAAAAGGAAAAAAUAAAAUUUUUAUAAAAUGAUGUCUCGUACGUAUUAUUUUGAGUCCUUAGCACCGUUGUCGAAUGUUAUGAAUUGGGUUGAUGUGAAUAAUGUAUUGCUGGAAAUGGGGAUGACUUAUUGGAAAUAUUUACAAUAUAACAUAGAAUUGUUGACCAAGAUUGUGGGAAUAGUCCAGUUUUCAGAUCGUGUAGCGAGGGCAAGAUUAAAUUCGAAGCUUUCCUCGGCAGGUUUUAAUAUAAAUUGGUUGAAGGAUGUGAAAUUACCCAUGGUUCUACCACAUGUACAAAUAUGGUUACUUUGUCGACAUCAUGAACUUUCAGAAUCAAACAUAAGGGAACAGGGAAUUUUUGCGUUGGGCGGUCGAAAUCGUAAUUUAGAAGAUGAUCUGAUUCCGUAUAAAUAUUUAGUUGAUGAUUUUAUGAAAAAUAAAAAUUAUGCUAUAUGUGCACCCUAUAAAGAGGGUCGUAAAAUAUGUGAAUAUGCAGACGCAUUGAGUAGACUACCUUAUGAUAAAAUCUAAAGGACGGUGGUAUGAUUUUUUAUUCAGUCCUUGGUCGUGAUGCUGAACGAAUCAACUUUUCUCUUAUGGCUUAGAACUAGAUUUUAAAAAAAAAUGUAUUAAUUAAAAAAUUAAUUAAACCAAAAAUUUAUAAAAUGUUCGCGUUAUUAUUUUAUAUAUAUAAAAGACCAAAAUUUAAGACUCAAUUGGAAUAAUAACGGACAGAUUUCAAAAAUGAUGGGGUGUGGCGGAUUUCCUUUACUACAUGUAAAUAUAUAUAUAUAUGGCUCUGUGCAAGAUUUUUUCAUAUAAACGCCUCGGUUUAAGAAACGUCGUUUGAAAAAUAUCGUGUGUGCAGACAAAAAAAGACAUCAAGGCUAUUGUAAAGGUAAUUUUUAUUAAUAUUUUUUUACAUUAUUGAUGAUAUUGAUAUUGGAUUUGUAUUUUAUUAUGUGGUUUUCUAAUUGUUUGUUGAAUUUUUCCCCCACUUUGUGUUCCAAAUAAAACACGAUCAGCAUCUUGUACUCGUUUGGUUACUUUUCUUUUCACAGCUUUCUUCUUAUCAUUUAUGAAACGUUUUCCAAACUGUCGUAGAAAAGCCCUUGGAUUUGAUAACAUUUGUCGCAUUUGUAGUUGUUUUUGACGUACAGCGACUGUUUUUUUUUUAAGAUGUGGUGUAGCAUUAAGAUCGGGUAGCUUUGUUCGUGUCAUGUUGAAACUGAUAGUGUUAUUUAAGUAUCAUGAAGUAUUUAUUUCCAGUAUUCCCGACCGUAGGAUGUGAAAAUUUCCCGAUGUGGCGGAAUUUUUUUACUUGCUUUUAAACGAAGUAUUUGCCGUCCUCUUAUUUGCGAGUUAUUUUUAAAUGGUGUUUUACGAGCGUCGUUAGCAAACCUUGCGGCACCGUCUGUAGUAUAAUUUGAAUUGAUACAUUUUCCUCGACGAUUACAAACAGCAUAUUUUGCAGUGACGUCGCCGUAAAGUUGAUCUAAUUCCUCUUUCGUUGUUAUACGACCCGUAAAUUUGCUAAUAUUCUUACCGCGUGGAAUUUGUUUUUUCCACGAGUAGAGUCCUUUUCCACCGGCAAUAAUAUUGGAUGGUUUAAUACGUAAAUUAUCUUGUUUGGCCAAAUGAAUCCAACAUUUUUUAGUAUGGGCUGUACGUUUUUUGCAUUGUUGUUUUUUUAAAGUGUCUGCAAUGCAACGCUGUGAUCUACGAAUACUUUGAUUGCCUCUCUGUUUGCGAGGCGCUUCGUAAAUUUUAUCUAAAAAGUUUAAAAUAAAUCUUUGACGUUUUUGUGUAGUUUUUUGACGUGGCAUAUUAAAAAACAACACCGAUACCAAUGUAUUUCUCAAUGUUUUUCUCAAUAUGUUCUGCUAUUCUUAUCAUUUUAGACUCGACGUACGGUGUUAUACAUAGUUCGUCGUGAAGGGUCUUUAUGCGUGCCCGUAUAUCCCACGGUUGUAUUUGUACUAUAUGCCCACCAUCUCGACACCAAUCUUGAAAUGCUUCGGGAAAAAUACGGUCUGAAACUAUGACCUGAUCAUUGGAAUCCUCUGAAAUUUCAUACGAAGGUAUGUAUUUAUCCGUGUCAUCUGUACUAUAUUCAUUUUUCAUGUAUAUAGUAAUGUGUGUUAAAGCGUUACUUCCCAUUAUUGCUGUUGUAUAGCUGAAGGUUGAAAUGGGUUCUGCGGUGCGAAAGUUUUUUACGGGUAGUGAUAGUCCACUUAUUAAAGUACGAUGUGUUUUUAUAAAUAGGAGUAAUGACGUGGUCGUCGGGGAGGAAGGUGUAGACGGCGCUGAAAAUAUCGAUAGUGUUUACGAACAACCCGAGUACACUACGUGUUGUUGCUUUCAAUGAUAUUGUGGACAUGGUAAGAUUUAAUAAUACAAGAGUUGAAAUUACACCGCAAAAUAUUGUGGAUAUUGCAAAAAUGGUUCGCGAGAAUCGUGUUCAAAAACAAACUACAAAAACAUCGCGUGGAAAACGAAACUAUAAUAUAGAAGAUAGAGAUAUUCAAGAAAUUGCUGAUCUUGUAGAAAGAAAUAAAAAACAACAACAACAAGUACCGCAAAAUGCUUUUCGUGUUGAUUUAUUACGGACACAUCGUCGCUUAGGUUAUAAUGAAUAUGUUUAUAGUGUUAGAAUAGGUGCGGGAAAUAUAACCACACUUCCUGAAUUUUAUAAUUCUCUUACGGAUAUAUUUAGUUAUUUAAUUAAUACAAUGAAUUUUAUAGCUAGUUCACCCACUGAUAAAGCACGUUUUUACAUCUCAAAGGCACCUCGUACCCCUUUUUCUACGGCUAUUUUAAAUGUUUCUGAUUUUAAUACGGAGAUGUUUUUUGAUAUUUUUGAAAAACAUAUGCAAAGUAAUGCACAAGAGGUAAUUGAUGGUGGCUGGAGUACAACCGUUUCAUUGUAUAUCUUUCCAAAUAGUUAUGUACCGCGAGCGACCAGAGAAACUGUAAAAAAGAAAAAAAUCUAUAGAUCAUUGGGUAAAAACGGUACAGAUGUAGGACGCGGUCGAAAAAAAUUAGUACAAAAACAUGGUCGUGAAAUUCGAAGCGGUGUUUUUCAAGUGGUUUCAAAAUCAGAUUGUUGUUUUGCCCUGGCACUAUUGACGGGUCGCUCUUUUAUCGAUAAAGAUGAACGACACGAUAAACUAAAUCUUAAUCGUAAUACACCGCUUGACUCACUUUAUACAGACGACGAAAUUACCGACGUUUACGAACAAUGCGGAUUAGCCGUGGGUGGUGUCUGUAUUAAUGAAUUACCCGUUGUUUACGAGCGAUAUUUAGCACAGCAUGAUAUUGAUUUAGUUGUUUUUUCCAAGAAUAAUAAUGAUGAUAUUGUAUACGAUUCGCGUAUGCGGGGUACAGACAAAAUUUGUUCUAUGAAUACAAAAAUUAUAUUUUUAUGGCUUAAUGACAAACAUUAUGAUUUAGUGUUAUCGCCUAAUACUUUUUUACAUAUGUCUGCGGGUAGAUUUUGUUUUAAAUGCAUGACCUACUUAAAACAUUGGGAACAUUCCCAGACGCAUGUUUGCCGUACAUCUUUUUCAUGUUUAAAGUGUUAUGGGGGUUGUGAAAAAUGUCCGGACGAGGAAGGAUUUUUUAUUCAAUGUCCACAAUGUUGUGUAAAUUUUAAAAAUCGUGAUUGUUAUAGUACCCAUCUUACAAAAAGAGUUUUUAAAAAGGGUCGGGAAAAAGGAUAUAGUGUAACACCGUGUCAGCAUAUGUUCUUUUGUACAACGUGUUAUAAAAAGGUUCCGCGUAUGACGGUCAUGGGGGGGAAAAAAACAACUGCUCAUAAUUGUGAUAUGGUUUAUUGCAAACAUUGUAAUGCGGUUAAAAAAAAAACACAUCAAUGUUUUAUGAAAGUUAUUACACCACCUAAAAAACCAAAUUUACCGACACUUUAUUUUUUUGAUUUUGAAACACGUCGAGAUGAUGAGGGAUAUAUGAUUCCUUUUUAUGCCGUUAUUCAAAAAGUGUGUCAAUCUUGUGAUGAAAUACCUUUUGUGCGAAAUAGUGAACAGUUUGUACCGCAUGCUGAAGACGUAACAUGUGAUAUAUCCGUAGACUGUGUACCCUGUUGCGGUUAUAGACAAUAUAUUUUAGAAAAACAAAAUGAUUGCAUUACCAAACAAUUUAUUGAUUUCAUGUAUGCUCAACCUAAAAAUAGUGUAUGGAUUGCUCAUAAUGGGGGUCGUUUUGAUACGGUCUUUUUACUUCGAGAAUUAUUAGUGGAAAGAAACAUUGUGCCACAAUGUAUUAUGAAUGGGAAUAAAAUUAUGUGCAUGGAAUUAGAAGAUCGAAAUUUAAAAGUAUUGGAUAGUUUUUUAUUUUUAAAUAUGGGGUUAAAAAAAUUUCCCGAAGCAUUAGGUAUUCCAGAUAUUUGUAAAGGGUUUCAUCCUUAUCUUUUCUACGAUUUAAAUUAUGUGGGGCCCAUGGUUGCUUUGGAAUAUUUUGACCCACCGUCUGAGGGAACUGAUGAACGUGAUGAUUUUGACGCUUGGUAUGAAGAACAAAAAAAAAAACCAUAUGUUUUUAAAGAGGCCAUGUAUUAUUAUUGUCGUCUGGAUGUGGAUAUACUUCGACAGGGGUGUAUUAUAUUUGCACGAUUAAUUAAAAAUAUAACAAAUGUAUUUCCAUUUUAUGAUAAAACCUGCCAUACAAUUGCAGGACUUGCAUUGAAAGUAUAUCGUACUAAUUUUUUAAAUGAAGAAACUAUAGGUCAAAUACCUGCACAAGGAUAUGGGGGAAAUAUUAAUCAAAGUGUAAUUGCCCUCUAUUGGCUACGAAGUGUUGAAAGCGAUUUAGGUUUGACAUUAUAUAGUAAAUUACAUCCUGAUGGAGAACAAAGUAUUGCCGGUCAUUAUGUUGAUGGAUAUUGUCCUGUAACAAAAACCAUCUAUCAAUUUCAUGGGUGUUUUUUUCACGGUUGUGAGGAAUGCUAUAAUGGGGAAUUAUUUAAUGAGGUUGUUAAUGAAAAAUUCUAUACAUUACGGGAACGAACACGUCGUAUUACAGAAAAACUUGAAAGUCAAGGGUAUAAAGUAAUUGAAAUGUGGGAGUGUAAUUUUUUAGCCGCUAAUAAUUUUACUAAAAAUACUAUUGCCCAAUUAAGAGAGAGAGAUUUUUUUAUGAACAUUAAUCUUAAUCUGCGAGAUGCUUUAUUUGGGGGUCGAGUUUCACCGGCAGUAAUGUACGUUGGGGAAUGUGAAAAAAAAAUACGGUAUUAUGAUUUUACUUCCUUGUAUCCCUAUGUUCAAAAAAUUAAUGUAUUUCCAGUAAAACAUCCUGAAAUUACGCGUGGUAUUGAAAAAUGUCGUAAACUAAAUUUGGGGUUUAUAUUUGGAUUGAUUAAAUGUAAAAUAUUACCCCCUAGAAAUCUAUUAUUUCCUGUUAUACCUUAUCGAACUACAAAAUUAACAUUUCCAUUAUGUCGUACUUGUGCGGAUAAGUUGUGUAAUGUAUGCACACAUAACGAAGAGGAACGUGUAUUAUACGGUACAUGGACAAGUCUUGAAAUACAAGAGGCCUUGAAACACGGCUAUAAGGUCAUGGAAGUUUACGAAGUCUAUCAUUAUAGAGAGCGUGAGAAAAUUUUUGACACAUAUGUCAACACUUUUAUGAGAUUAAAACAGGAAAGCAGUGGGUUGCCUAAAAAUUGCUAUGAUGUUCAGGGGAAUGUAGAUAAAAAAAAAAGUCGAUGAUUAUGUAAAGGAAUAUUUGAAACAUGAAGGUGUGCAAUUGGAUGCUAGUAAAAUUUGUUAUAAUCCCGGACAAAGAACAGUUAUGAAAGCGUUAUUAAAUUCCUUAUGGGGUAAAUUAGCACAAAAUGAAAAUGUACCCGUGGUAUCGUUUAUUGAUCGUUUUCAUGAUUUAUUAGAAUUAGUUAAUGAUUCCAGUAUUGAGGUAACAUCACUAGAUUUUAUAAGCGACGAUGUAGCACGUACGACACAUCGAAAACUUUCGUCUUUGGUAACUUUACCGAACAGAAAUGUUGUUAUUGCGGCAUUUGUAACAGCGUAUGCACGUUUAGAAUUAUUUAAAGUGUUACAUAAAUUAGGUUCGGAUGUUUUAUAUUACGAUACCGAUUCUGUAAUUUAUGUGGAGAAUAUUGAAAAGGGACACGUUUUAAAAACCGGUGAUUAUUUGGGGCAAUUAACCGAUGAAUUAUAUGAUAAAAAAGCAAAAAGUGAAAAAUGGAUAGAAAUGUUUUGUGCUACAGGUCCAAAAUCCUAUUCGUAUCGAACCAAUGAAUAUAUUAAUAAAGAUGAUGAAAAAAAACGUGAUGAAAUUGUUCAUGUUAAGGGUUUCUCAUUAAAAGGGGAUACUAAAAAGAAAAUUACAUUUAAUAGCAUUGAACAAUGUGUACAGGAUCGAAGUAAAAAAAUCACAACCUUUUAUACGGAAUUUACGCGGUCAAAUAAUCAAACCAUCAAUGUUCAAAAAGUGGAGAAAAAAUUUAAAUUUACAUUUGAUAAACGUAUUAUUCGUGAUGAUUUUACAACCGUACCAUACGGGUAUAUUGAAUGAAAUUAUUCUUUUUCUUAGGGACGUAAUUUGACGGAUUGUACAAUACCCUUUCAACAUCCUUUUAUGGCUACAUUAUGCGGACCCUCUCAAAGCGGCAAAUCCUAUUUGAUUGCGAACAUAAUAAAACAUCAUCAAACUUUAAUCCAUCCACCUAUCGACAAACUACUAUACCUUUACUCGGUGUACGACUAUGACAACAUCAAACAGAACAUUCGUGACAAUCAACAGACCUCGACAUUAAAAUCGUUUGAGUUUAUCGAUUGUAAUGCAGGCAUCCCGUCAAUGGAUACCCUUAAAGAGAAAUUGGGCAAGAGUACCUUAAUAAUUCUAGAUGAUUUGAUGAUUGUUGCCGGUACCGACGGUGUAAAUCUUACCAAUUUAAAUAAUAUUGCGUCACGCGACAGCCAUCAUUCGAAUGCCUCUGUGAUAUUUGUAUGUCAAAGUUUAAAUUAUGGUUCAGGAAAAUUACGAAAUUGUCGUGUAAACAGUCAAUAUCAUAUCAUGUGUAAAAGUUUGAGUUGUUAUAGAGAUGUAGAAAUGGUUGCGGCGAAUAAAAAAAUAUGUAAAAAUAAAAUACAUCAAGUAAUUAAUGAUGUGGGUAAAAAAGAAUAUGGCUAUAUUGUAUUUGAUGGAUGUCCUAAAGGAUGCGCCAAUACACGUGUAAGAACUGGAAUAUUUCCUAAAGAUGAAACUAUUGUAUAUGAUGUAUAAACAAAUAAAAUUUUUUUUAACUUUGUAUUUGAUAAAUUUCACUAUAUGAUUUACAUAUUUGUCCUUUACUAGUAAGACAUUUAUUACUAUAUAAUUUUUUUAGAGUUGGAAAUAAGGAAUAACAAGUUUGUUGUAAUAUUUGUUCAUUUUGCAUUAGAUUGUCAAUUUGAGACGUAAAUAAAUCACUACGUAUAAUAUGUGUCCCCGUAUAAUAAGAUUUUAAAAAUAACAAACACCAACUACCACAUGUUCUACUAACAUGGGCUUGAAGAUGUGACGUAUUAUACAAUUGCAUUUUACAUUUUAAUUUUUCAAAGUAUUUUUCCCAGUAGGCUCGUUUAAAGAAAAACGGUGUUUUUCCAUAACUAUCAAAAAAAUAAAUGAGUUCCUUUUCUCGUAUAACUGCAACCCAAUGUGUACCAGGUUUGUCCUUGGGAUCUACAUUCCAUAUCCAACAACAUCGGUGUCUAGCGGUACCCUUUGGUGUUACAUCAGCAGGAUAACAUCCCAAAUAAUGUGGUGAUAUAUCUGAAUCACUUUGUGCUUGUCGAUCUAAAUUGUCCGUAUCCAGAAAUUUACUAAUAAAACACGUUAAUGUUGCCAUUUUACAUAUACGGACGUGGUUUUCCUUUUUUACUCAUCGGUGUUAACGGAUAGUCAGGAAACACAGGUUGUGCUGUAACAAUACCUGGUGGUGGUGUUUCAUAGGCUGGUGGCGGUGUUCCUUGUGACGUUGAUGGACCCGCGGUUUCACUUAAAUUACGAUAUUGACCUUUAAGAUUUUCACUACGUAUAUAAUGAACGGGCAUAUUUAAUUUUUUUAAUUCUUUCAAUAAUUUUUGAUGUUGGAUUGCAUUUAAAUUUGUUUUUUUUUUGUUACAUUUUUUGUAAGAUCAGCAACCAUAUCAUCAAAACUAAAAUUAAGUGUUUUACUUUGAAAUUUUGUUCCCUUAUCUGUUUCUGUAACACCUCUUUUUUUAAGAAAUGCCCGUAUUAAUCUUUCGGAACUUGCUAAUGAGCCUGCUUUAGGUAAUGGACCACCAGCUGCUGCAGCAGCAGCAGGGGGUGCUGCGGCUUUUUCAGCAAGUUCUUUUCGAUAAUUUUGUCUUUUUUUUGAAUAAUUAAUAAUAUCAUCUGUAGCAUGAGGUUGUUUUUUUGCAACACUGGCCAUCAUAUUAGCAUGUCCUUCAAUUAGUUCCCCUUCGGCUGUUGUUUGUUUUGCCUCGUCUAGAAUUUGUCGGUUUGCGACCAGUCGGUCUAGAUUUUUGAUCAUCGUAUUGUAUUUUUCGGUGUCUAUCAACAUCAAACGUUUCACAUCGUCCCCCAUCGUCUUCGCUAUUAAUACCUCGAGAUUUUUCUAUUUGUUUAAUAGCAAGUUUGCAAUAAUAUUGUACUGAAAAUUCCUCGAGCAAGCGUAAACGCACGUCUGUCUUGUGUGUAGCUUUAUCAGAAAUGUACAUAAAUAAAGCUCUUUCACACUCUGAUAUAUUUAGAGGUAUUUUACCAUUGGCUAUAUUUCGACAUAAAAAGACCAAAUGUGAAAUUAAUUGCUUGUUAUUAUUAAGCAUUUUUUCUUUUUGAGUAAAACCAGCAGCUAAGAAUUUUUUUGUAGCAGGUAGAAAUUUAGAUUGUUUUUGUUUUUGAAUUGUCAUACAAUGCGCAUCCCAAAUUUGUUUUAAAAAUAAAGCGGAUGCUUCAUUAUUUAUUUCUUCUUCAUCAUCGGCGGAAUAAGAUAUUUCUUCGUCGGAAUUUUCUUCUUCCUCACCACCGCUUGAUGUAGUUUCAUGAUUUUCAAUAUUUUCAACAUUUUCAUCAUUUUCAACCUCAUUUUUAUCAUUUUCCUCAUUAUUUUCAAUUUCAGGCUCUAAUUCCUCUUCCUCGCUUUGAUAUUCAUUUAUUUCAUCCAUAUUUUGAUAUUACAGGUUUUACGUGAACUGUUCGUAUUGCACUACCACCCCAGCCAAUGACAUAACCUCGUCUUGCACCGGGUAUAUGUAAAAUAUUUCGAUGUGUUUUUGUCUUUGGUCUUCCUCUUCGUCGAACAGGCAUUGUUCAUAUGAAUGAUAAAUCAUUUAAAAUGCGAAUUUUAAACGCGCUUCCGUUUGAUACGCACAGGAUAAUUGAUUUCGAAAUUCACCCACAACAAUUAAUUGACUUGCUGCGCCAAGUCCAUUAUUAAGGCGUAUUUCAAGACUCACAACACCACUGGUCGCAUUAGGUAAGAUUUGAUUGUAACUAUCUUUGUUUUCUGAUAAAUCAAAUGCAAUAAAACCAUAAUCGGUUAAAUAAUCUUUAUAAUUAAAUGGCAUGUCAUCAUAUGUACGAUUCAAAAUUUUUCGUAAAUUAAUAUAGGCCUCUUGUGAAUUUUCAAUGGUGGGUUCAAUAAACGCUUCGUUAAUUUUCACACCUACAAAUUCAAUAUCUGGAAAAAUCAUUCGAUUGGGAUUGAGCGUAUGUGCCCCAUUAUAACGUGCUUGUGUACGUAUAUAGAUAAACAUACGUGUUGGUCGGGCACCAGUAAAAAGAUCAUUUUUAUAAAUUUUUUGAGUACCAUUGGCAACAGCCAUGGGAACAUAACGAAAAUGACAUACAUAAUAUUUGGCUUCUUCACCUUUUUGAACCAUAGCAGUAUUAAUGGCUGCCAUUAAUUGUGCUUUGGGUUUAAAUGCUUGAAUAUGAAUUUCUAAAUCUGAAUAACGAAUUUUUGCUAGUGCACAAUGUGCCGCAUCACCCAUUAGGGUUUUUGUUUUUUCUAAACGUGUUAAUCUUAUUACCAUUUCAAAUGAUGAAACAACAUAACGUUUAUUAUCCCCCAUUACAUUGAUAAAAUCAUAACAUUUCAUGGGGACAUCUCUUUUACACAUAAGAUAACGUUUGCCAAGACCCUUAUUAAUGUGUCCGGCGUGAUCCGGAGCACGCAUUUGUGCAAUACUAUCGCUUACAUUAGCCGCGCCAGGUGUAUUGUGAAUACAUCCGGUUAUAUCUUCAUCGGCUUUAUAAAAAAGCGGUGUUUCACGUGUUAAAUGAUUUAUCAAUUCAAUUUCAUUUUCCUGGGAUGAUAAUGAAUUAAUGCGUUGAUUAUUGACUAAUACUUCACGUGAUUUCCAUCCUAAUCUUAGUGGUGAUUGAUUAAGUGCUACAUCCUGGGUUGCUGCUAAUUGAGCAUUAGCAGCAGUUGUAAUUGUGAUAUUUGCUGUGAUUCUUGCACUUCGAAGAUCCAUAACACCAAAAUCAUUAGAAGCAUGUUUAAAUGUAAAUUCUUCAGCAUCUGGAUUAGCAAUGGGACCGGCCAUUAAUUUAAAUUUUCGACUAUCCACAAAUGUAUCAUUGUGUGGAAAUGUAGGAAACAUUACCAUAGGCCCCAUAAACCCACUAUCGUGAACCUCAAUGGGUUCAUCAUCGACUUGUUCUCGUGCUCGCUUCAUACUUGUGUGUACGGUAUGAAAGAUAAACCACAAAUGAUACAAUUUUAUAAUUUUUAUUACACUUAUAUAAUUUCUAUUACAUUUUUUAUUCUACCAAAUUGUUUUACGUUUACGUUUUUUAUUAACACGUCCUCCUUUUUGUUUGGGUCUAGAUGGUGGGGGUCUUGGUUGAUAACGUGGUUGGGGUCUUGGUUGAUAACGUGGUGGUGCGGCUCUUGGUUGAUAAUGAUAAUAUUGUGGUGGUGGCGGGGGACGAUAAUAUUGUGGUGGGGGACGAUAAUAUUGUUGGGGGGGUCCACGUUGUUGUUGCCGGUUGUAAUUAUUAUUAGUCACCUGUUGUUUCUUUUUACCAAAGAUACCCGGUAAUAUUUUUGUAGCAGCACCCAAAAUAGCGGGUAUUGCUAAACCCGCAGCCAUCGCCAAUCCUGCACCGCCCCCACGUUGUUUUCGGGCAUAAGGACUUAAUCGUUUUUUUGAUUUUGUCUUUUUUGCUAAAACAGCAUCCAUUGCAUGACCCCAAAGACCACCAUCUUGACUUUUACUACUACUACGCUGAUGUUUUUUCCCUUUAAAGUUGCCACC